GGGAGGUACGGGGUGGUGCGAGAACCUUGGAUGCCACAUUAUUUUUGGAGCUCAGCAAAUAACUUGUUCUUAAACUCCCUACCCUGAUUGUGAUGUAAUUUAGUGGGGAAGCUUCUCCGCUGCCGUUCCAGCACCUGUUAAGCCCCGUCCUGUUUCUUAGUUUGUUUUACUUGUGCUGUCAUGUGUUCGGUUUUGUGUUGGUUUACCUUUGGCUCCUCGUGUCAGACACCUCACGCCCUGCCCUUGUGUGUGCCUCGCCUUGAUUGUUUUCAACUGUCCCUCAUUAUAUGAUGUAUUUAAGCUCUUGUGUUUUGUUUUCUCGUUGCGUUCACGUCACUGAUUUUUCAUUGUGUUUCUCAGUGUUCGGUGUUUCUAGUGUUCAUUUUAUGUUCAUUGCAUUAUCCUCGUGUUUCCAGCAUUCAGCUAUUUUUCAUAUUUAUUGAUCUCUCUGUAUUACGAACCACUGUUAAGUGAACGUGUAUUCUUCUCUCUUACUCCUGAGUCUGAGUCGUGGGUUUGAGUUCGGCCUAUCAUCACCACAACGUUUCACAGCUUCAACAAUUUCAGCAUCACUGUGGCCCUCGGAUCAACGUGUGCUUUUUUUCCUUAUCUGGCGAAACUUUGACUUGGAUACACACCUCUCUUAGAUGCCCGAGCGUCUGUGCAGUCUCUCCUCCUGUGUGCCACGUCAGUUCCAUGUGGUGAAGGAGGAUAAGAACUGGACAGAAGCUCAGCGCUACUGCAAAGAGGAGUUCACUGACCUCGCCACCAUAGACAACAUGAGGGAGAUGAAGAUGUUAAUUAGCACAAUGAAUGAAGCAGGUGCUGCAUAUAUUUGGAUUGGGCUGAAGCAGAGAAGCAGUCCUAAGUGGCAGUGGUCUCUGGCUGACAGGGAUUUCUACAGAGAGGAUGAGGCAGAGUUCAGGAAGUGGAACUCAGACCCGCCACAAGGAAUGGAUAAGAACUGCUCUGUGAUGAGAACAGAAAAUGGGAAAUGGGACAGUAGGAAGUGUGGUGACACCAAGCCCUUCAUCUGCUAUGAUGAGGGGAACUCCACACAUACCUAUGUGCUGGUUACUCUUACUAAUAAGAACUGGGCAGAUGCUCAGAGAUACUGCAGAGAGAAACACACAGACCUGGCCAGUGUGAGGAAUGAGGCAGAGAAUGAGAAGAUAAAGACAAUCCUAGGGGAUACCUAUGCAGCCUGGAUUGGCCUGUUCAGAGAUGCCUGGGAGUGGUCAGAUGGCAGCACCUUCUCAUUCCGCCACUGGAAAACUGGAGAACCCAAUUAUGGCGACAGUGUGGAUGGGUUCUGCGCUCAAAUUACUUCCAGUGGUCAUUGGAACGAUGUACCCUGCCACAAUCCUUCAAACUUCAUUUGCUAUGAGGACAAACUGGUUCUGGUUCGUGAGAAUAAGACCUGGAUAGAGGCGAUGAAGUACUGCAGACAGCACCACGUGGACCUGGUGUCUGUGACCUCCGAGCGGAUCCAGCGCUGGGUGAAGGAGCGGGCUAAAGGAGCCUCCAGUACCCACGUGUGGAUGGGCCUGCAACACUCCUGCUACAUGGGCUUCUGGUUCUGGGACAACGCCGAGACGGUCUGCUACAGCAACUGGGCCCCAGAGGGAGAGACAGAGCCGGACUGCACAGAUGGACUGGAGCAUCAGAGUGCCAGAGUGGGGGCAGUGAAGUCUGGAGGAGACGGGGAGGGAGAGUGGGUCAUGCUUCCACAGACCGAGAAACUCAACUUCAUCUGCACCACUGAAGCUCAGUAGGACUGGAUCCUCCUCUGCCCAGAGCUUCCAAAUCCCUCACUAUGGACGUGUGUGUGUGUGUGUGUGUGUGUGUGUGUGUGUGUGUGUGUGUGUGUGUGUGUGUGUGUGUGUGUGUGAUAAACCCCUGUCUUUCUAUGCAUCACAAUGUAUAUUUACUCACCCUACUUUUAUAGACAUUAAAUGUGACUCCAUUGCAGUAACUUACCUAUCCUGCAGUAAACUAUAUCAUCUGUUUGUAUUUUUGUCUGCAAAUGCAUUCUGUGUUUGGGGGAUUUUAAACAAAGUCAUGAUUGACUACGUAAUUUUCAAAAGAGAUUGUGAAUCUCUUAAUGUAACUUUGUGUAGGGUAGUCUUACCCCUGCUCUGUCAUUCUGAAUUGAAUUGCACUUGCUUUUGUUCUCAAACUGAACUACACCUGUGUGCCUUUUCUAUCCUAAGUCAAAUGUAGUUGUU